AUACUGAUCGACUCAUCAACGACCGACAAACGACUAAUAUAUAAAAUGUCAGAAAGAGGUCCUCCAAGAAUCAAAAAUAAGGCACCAGCACCAAUCCAAAUUACAGCUGAACAGCUGCUUCGUGAGGCUUUUGAGCGACAAGAACCAGCACUUCCAGCACCAAAACAACGUUUAACAGAUCUUGAAGAGCUUCAUGAGCUACAAGGAAGAAAGAGAAAGGAAUUUGAAGAUGCUAUACGUAGGAAUAGACUUUCUACAUCUCAAUGGGUUCGCUAUGCACAAUGGGAAUUAGAACAGAAAGAAUUUGCAAGAGCACGAUCUAUAUUUGAGAGAGCUCUAGAUGUAGAUGCAACAAAUAUUCCUCUAUGGCUUCACUAUUUGGAGAGUGAAAUCAAGCACCGAAAUAUAAACCAUGCACGCAAUCUUUUUGAUAGAGUGGUUACAUUGAUGCCUAGAGUAGAUAAAUUCUGGUUCAAAUAUGUAUAUAUGGAAGAGACGCUUGGAAAUAUAUCAGGUACUCGUCAAAUUUUUGAAAGAUGGAUGUCAUGGGAGCCAGAUGAAGCAGCUUGGCAUGCGUAUAUACGAUUAGAAGAAAGAUAUAAUGAAAUACCACGUGCAAGGGCGAUAUUUGAAAGGUUUAUAUCAUUAUAUCCAGAACCAAAAAACUGGAUCAAAUGGGCAAAUUUUGAACAAGAAUAUGGAACAUCGGAUCAAGUUCGGGAGGUCUUUACAACUGCCAUUGAUACAUUAGGAGAGGAGUUUAUGGAUGAAAAAGUUUUUAUUGCAUAUGGAAAAUUCGAAACAAAAUUAAAAGAAUAUGAACGUGCUAGAGUUAUUUACAGAUAUGCACUGGAUCGACUACCAAAAAGCAAAAGUGAAGCAUUAUACAAUGUGUAUAGUUCAUUUGAAAAACAAUUUGGAGAUAAAGAAGGAAUUGAAGAUACUAUAUUGGCCAAACGAAGAGUUUUAUAUGAAGAACAAAUAAAAGAAAACCCGAAGAAUUACGAUGCAUGGUUUGAUUAUAUAAAUCUUGAGGAGUCAUCAGGUGAUUCAGAAAAAAUUCGGAACAUUUAUGAAAGAGCAAUAGCUCAUGUUCCUCCAUCAUAUCAAAAAAAACAUUGGAGAAGAUAUAUAUAUAUUUGGAUAUUUUAUGCACUUUAUGAAGAAUUAGAAACAAAAGAUUAUGAACGUUCUAGACAAAUUUAUAGAGAAUGCUUAAAACUAAUUCCACAUAAGAUUUUUACUUUUUCUAAGAUAUGGGUGUUAUACGCUAAAUUUGAAAUAAGACAAUUGAAUUUAUCUGUAGCUAGAAAGUAUUUAGGUAUGGCUAUUGGAAUGUGUCCUAAGAACAAGCUUUUUAAGGAAUACAUUGAGCUUGAACUUCAGUUAAGAGAAUUUGAUCGCUGUAGAACUCUAUAUGAGAAAUUUAUAGAAUAUGAUCCAUAUAAUUGUUAUGCAUGGAUUAAAUAUGCAGAAUUAGAACAUAUGCUUGAAGAUUACGCACGUGUACGGGCAAUUUUUGAAUUGGCAAUUGAAGAACAACAUAAUUUAGAUAUGCCGGAACUUUUAUGGAAAGCUUAUAUUGAUUUUGAAUUCGAAGAAGGGGAAUAUGAUAGGACUAGAAUACUUUAUGAAAGACUAUUAGAAAAAACACAACAUGUAAAAGUUUGGAUAAGUUUUGCUCAUUUUGAAUUUUCAGUACCUGAUAAUUCUGAUGAUGAUUCGGGAUAUUCAAAAGAAAGAGCAAGAAAUGUCUUCCAAAGGGCUUAUAAAAACCUUAAGGAACAUAAUUUAAAAGAAGAACGUGUAAUUUUAUUGGAAGCUUGGAAACAAUUUGAAAUUUCUAAUGGUGAUGAGAAAUCUCUUAAAAUGGUAGAAGAUCAAAUGCCACAAGUAGCUAAAAGUAGACGGAAACUAGAUGACGGAACAUAUGAAGAAUAUUACGAUUAUAUCUUCCCUACUGAUGAAGAUAAGAGAAAUUUCAAAUUAUUGGCAAUGGCUCAAAAAUGGGCAGCAGAAAACAAAAAAAAACAAAAUUCUACCUUAGAAAAUUCAACAUAAAACUAAUACAAAUCCCAUUUAUAAAAAACAAUAUCGAAACUAUUUC